AAAUAUUUACGUUUAUGAAAAUCGAUUUAUAACGCAAAUGCUUUAGCAACCAAUGUUUAGAUUAGUCGUGUUCUUGUGUCUGUACGUCAUUGUCGUCAGAUGACAACAGUUUUUUCUCCACAUAAUACAUUGGAACCUACAUUUUAUAUAUUUUUAUCUAUUUAGUUGUACGAAAUAUCUCUCUUUGCUUCCUGACAAUACUUUCGCAGUACUUUUGCAGAUGUCGUAGAACAUAAGAGCAAUUUUACGUUCAGUAUUCAAGUCUUACAAAAUAAAAAGCGAUUCUGAAAAGUUUUAACAUCAAAGUGAUUUUGAUUUUCGAUUUUUAACAUCGAGAAAAGUCGAGCAAACGUUAUUUACGAGUUCUGUACGGUUAUUGAGAAGAAAAUCGCACUCGUUCAACAUGGCCGAUAAAAGGCACGUGUUACAUCUGCCCAAGGAUUGCUUUAACACAGUCGAGAUUUCUCAAGAAUAUUUUUCUCCGGUAUGCGAGUCCUCUACAGCGAAAGAAUAUCUAUCUUCGCCGACUGAGUAUUUCUCGCCUUACGCGACGCCGCAAACUUCGAAGAAAGAGUUCCUGGACGAGAAGCUUAAUAAUAAUAUGUUUGAAACACCUAAAAAGAUAUUUGAAGAAAACGAGAACGAACUCUCACUAAACGAUUCAUCCAAUGCGACGUGCAUCUCGGAAAUGAAUUUCAUACGACCGAAAUAUUCUAAUAAUGUGAGUCCCGCGAUCGAGAAGCUCAUGCGGAUGAUAAAAAUGCCGAGUUCAUCGACGCCUGAAAAUUCACGGACAUCGACAAAAUGCAUUUUUUCGCCAAAUUAUUCCAUCAGCAAAGCUAACGAAGAUCCCUCAAUUUACACUCUGACUAGAAAACGUUUGGAUGCGAGCUUCUCAAGUCCGAAGGCUCUCGCUACCGUUUCCCAAGAACACAGCGUGGACAGUCCCACAUUGAAAGUGACGUUGGUAAAAGAGAUCGAACCACCACUGCCUCAGAAAGUGCAAGCAUCUUCGAGAUAUCAAGAAUUCGAUUCGUUUCCGGAUGACCAGAUAGUCGUAGGCUCCCCGCUUUACAAGGAUGUUAUCUACGUGUCCGAGGUGCAUUUUUUAUUGAUGGCAUCCAACAGGAAUCGCCGGAUGAGAAUGGCAGCUUCGCGUAGAAGAGCACGAAGCAAUUCGCGAGAUAGCGCUUUUAGCGAGUUUAUGGAAUCCGAUUCAGAAUAACUGAAUGGCCAAUGGCUUAUCAUCGAUGAGAAUCGUUAAAUAGCAACCAGCAAUAUUCGAACGUUAUCUUUUAAUUUUAUUUUUCUCGAAUUAAAUUACGCAUUAUACUAGGCGAUAUAAUAAUAAAUAAUAAAUAACUUAUCAUGUUUAAUUAAUCAGAUUGUUUGGUAUCAAAGUGUUGCAUAUUGACAAGUAGUUAUUUAAUCGAAAAUAAUAUUGUUCAAUUACAUUGAUUGAUCUUGCAAUGACAGAAGAUCUGCAGGUUAAUAAUUAUGAUUAAUGGUUAUGAAAUUGCAGAUGGCAUUUUUAUCUAAAUAUAAAAGUUGAUUAAAUUUAUGAACUCUUGACAUAAUUCCGUUAUUCCCUUGAAAUGAUAUUUAGUGAGAUAUUUUGGUUGUACUAAAAUUUGAAGAUUUUUUUAAGUAUAUUUAUAUAUAUAUAUAUAAUUUGAAGUAUCUUAU